CCCCAAGCCACAUCAACAGCCGGCUUCCCACAGCCCACCACGCAGCAUCAUGGACGCAAGACCACCAACGCCACCAGCAGAGGAGAUGGACUCUUCGAUCGGAGUCGAGAGCGUCGACCCCAAGUUGACGGUGAUGGGCGGUGGGCCCAAAGAGCAGGCGGCGGACUACGCCAACUACUUUUGCUCCUACGCCAGCCUGUACCACCAGAAGCAAAUGCUGACGGAUCACCGUCGAAUGCAGGCGUACUACUCGGCCAUCACAGACAACGCCGAGUUGUUUGCCGGCAAGCGCGUGCUUGACGUGGGUACGGGGAGCGGUAUCCUCGCUCUGUGGGCAGCGAAGGCGGGGGCGAGCAAGGCGAACCACGUGUAUGCGGUGGAGUUCACGGACAUGGCCAACCACGCCCGGCGCCUGGUUGCUAAGAACGGGAUGGAGGGCGUGGUGGAGGUGAUCCAGUGCAGCGUCGAGGACCUCAAGCUGGACGCUAAGGUGGACAUCAUCAUCUCCGAGUGGAUGGGAUACUUCCUGCUGAGGGAGAGCAUGCUGGACUCGCUCGUGCGCGCGAGGGAUCGAUGGCUGGUGCCUGGGGGGCUCAUGUUCCCGUCCAGAUGUACCAUGAUGUGGGGGCUCGUUAACGACGAGCAGGACCGGCUGUCCAAGCAGCAGGAGUACAUCCGAACCAUGCAGGACUGGUACAGUUUCAAGGGGGAGACGAAGGAGUUCUACGGCGUGGACAUGACAGUGCUGGAGGCGGUGUACGAGGAGGAGCAGCGAGGGUACUACAUCCUGUCCAGCUUCUGGGCGGAGCUGGACAAGGACCAGGUGCUGGGAGAACCGGUCGUUGUGCAGACGUUCGACAUGCACACGUGCACGCUGGAGGACGUGCAGGGCGUCGAUGAGACGAACGUGUCCAUCUCGCUGGAGGAAGACGCCAGGGUCUCCGGGUUCGCGGGAUGGUUCACGGCAGACUUCCACGGUACGGAAGCCAACCCGUGCCCUUGCCCGGUCACCCUCUCCACCGGCCCGGAGAACGGUUACACGCACUGGGGGCAGCAGGUUUUCCACUUGCAGGUGCCGCACGACGUGGUCGGGGGGGGCAAGGUGGAGGGGACGAUCGCGGUCAAGAGGCAGAAGGAGAACGUUCGGUUGUAUGACGUUUACAUCAAGCACAAGAACGUGCUUCCAACCGGAGAGGACAAGUCGCCCUUGGUGUCUGUUAAGUACGCCAUGCCAUAAACACCGUUCGUGACCCGACAACACUCCCGGCACUAAGGAGCGGCCGAGCCUAUCCGAGCAAGAAAAGGCCAGCCAUAGCCCUGUGUGGUCUGAUACAUGUACAGCUUGAGGCCGGUGUUGGUAGGAAGAGGAGGGCCUAGCAGUGGCGAAACUGCGCCCGGUUUUCCGGCGUGCUGUGGCGGAGCGCGGGAGGUUGGUCUCCUUUGCGACAGCCAGCUCCGGUAGAAUGGUGACGGUACGGGCGAAGGCAGCGGUCCACAACGCGGAGGCGGUGCUCGGAGGAGAGUGGUGGCGGCAGCUAACGCUUUUGUUUCACAUUUUGUUGGGUGUACCGACCCCGGGUGUGUUGUGUGUGUGUGUGUGUGCGUGCGUGUACCUGCCUGGCUUGUGUCUAUUGUUGUUACUUAUUAGCAGAUCUACGGAGCGACUUUUUGUCAGAGCGAUGUGCGUUCCGAGGCAUCAGCGAGCUUUCGUUGCCUGAGUUUGAGAAAGUUCGGCGACGUCGGUGUGGGUUGCCUGAGAAAGUAUCGAAGAUACCCACGCCCGCCGUUUGCCCUGCGGGCGCAAAGCGUCGAGUGGACCCGGGAUGUUGGAUUGAAAAUUUGGGCCUUUGAGCAUGAAAGGCUGUGAGGGGUGCUGUACACAUCUCUUGUUUUUUUACCACGAGCGCUACUGCACUUGCUGCUCUUGAGCUCGGCACGAACAGUUAACUUUUUUGUGCCAUGGCAUGCAUUUUUAUGUUCUACCGAAGUAACACUUUUAACCUCCAUCGGUACCCGAGGGUGUGCGCUUUGUGUCCGGGCGAGAACGUGGCACAUAACGCGGAGCCCCCCUCCCUGUAGGGUUUUUCGUACCCGGUGUGACCUUUGACCGUGGGCUGCAGCCUAAUGGCGAUGGGAGUGGGGUAAUGAGUUACAGUACGUGUGUCUAGGGGAGCAUAAACUCGUUUUCAUACAACAGGCAAGAGGAAGAACGCCUCCUUCACGUUUGCUGUCUGUGUAGGAGUAUGACGUAAGGAGAGUGUGCUGGCGCAGCAUUAACUAAUUACAUUGCAUACAAAGCAGCAGCAACCCGCUUGCUGUCUGUAUUGGACGUAGGGAGAGCUUAUUGGAGGUCUGUUAAGGCUAGGCCUCGUCGUCUGAAGGAAACCUAGGUCGUGACGGUAUUCACCCACGGCCGACAGCAAGCAGCCUUGUUUCGUGAAAUAAGGAGAAGUGUCGGGAGGGCUAGGUAGUCGAAAGACCUCCCGCUCCCCGUUUCAGCCGGUGACUUUUGGAGGAGUCGACUUCCAGAGCGGGAUUUCUUGUUGUCCAACGAUGGGCAAGGUAAUCCUCCGCUCAAGAAUAUCUUUUUUAUGUGCGCUACUGUAACAGUGGUUCCGUCGUUUCUAUACCUGUCAUCCGUGUUAUUUCAUAUCUGGGAAAAGCUAGGCAAGGGUGGGUGGGUGGUUCUGUGUCUCGGGUGGACUGAUUGGUAUGCAUAUGAUCGGGUGCAGGCGAAAGUGAGAUGAGAAAGUAAUCCUUGUAGUGAUAUAGAGUUUUGUCGAGCGGCGAUAAAUUGCGCCAAGACGGUUGAUGUGGGCCUGUGGUUUUGAAAAACGAGGUGGCUUUAUCGCUUGGCAGGAAGAAAUGAAGAUAAAAGAACAGUGGACACAGGGGGAGAGUAUUUUUCCUGCGUUUUAUUUUGUCGCGGGGGAGAAUGGCGCUUCUUCUUUGAAUGCGAAGUGAAGAUGAUACACAAAUCCGACGCGAAUCCCACCA